CCGAUGAGGGGAAUUUGAGGCGGGGAUUUUCUAAACGGGCGCGAGAGUUUUCCGUCCCUAGUCCCCGGCGAGUUCUUUCCUGAGCAAAUUUGCUCCGCUUCGAUUAUCUUUGCAAUUGUGAACUGUUUCCGUUGCUUGAAAUCGUCGGAAAAUGGAGAGUUUCAUAGCCGGUUGCGUCGUCGUUCCACGAAUUCCAGCCGCAGGACGCCACAAAGUUAUGUCUACGACGGCCAAUAAUAGGAGGUUCGGCAUUUUCCGGUGUCCGAUGAUCGCAAGACAGCCUAAAGUUCUAUGCAUGGCGGCACCAUAUUUGAUCACUAAACUGGAUUCUGCUGAGCGAACUUGGAAGGAACUAUCGGUCAAAUUGGCUGAUCCUGAUGUUGUUGCAAAUCCUGUAGAAUACCAGAAGCUUGCUCAGUCGAUGGCAGAGCUAGAUGAGGUUGUGGCAACAUAUAGACAGUUCAAAGAUUGUGAAAAGCAACUGGAAGAGACAAAAGCAUUAGCAAAAGAAGAUGGUGGUGAUCCUGAGAUGACGGAGAUGAUAGCUUCUGAAAUUGAAGCUUUAUCAAAUCAAAUAACAGGGCUUGAGGAGAAACUUAAGGUACUGUUACUUCCUAGUGAUCCGUUGGAUGCACGAAAUAUCUUACUUGAAGUAAGAGCUGGAACUGGUGGUGACGAGGCAGGGAUAUGGGCUGGUGAUCUUGUGCGCAUGUAUCAGAAAUACAGUGAACGUAACUCGUGGAAAUUUACACCAGUUUCUACCUCAGAGGCUGAAAAGGGGGGUUACAAGACAUAUGUGAUGGAAGUUAAGGGAAGCCGUGUCUACAGCAAAUUGAAAUAUGAGUCUGGUGUUCAUCGUGUUCAACGCGUGCCUCAGACUGAAACACAAGGUCGUGUUCAUACUUCAACAGCAACUGUUGCUAUCAUGCCCGAGGCUGAUGAAGUUGAGGUAGUAAUUGAUCCAAAAGAUAUUGAGCUUACAACAGCAAGAUCUGGUGGUGCCGGAGGACAGAAUGUCAACAAAGUGGAGACUGCUGUUGACCUCUUCCAUAAACCAACUGGGAUUCGUAUUUUUUGUACUGAAGAAAGGACUCAACUACAGAACAAGAGCAGAGCUCUUCAGCUGCUGCGAGCCAAACUGUAUGAGAUGAAAGUGAGGGAGCAACAAGAAGCAAUUAGAAAUCAACGGAAAUCACAGGUUGGGACAGGUGCUCGCUCAGAGAAGAUUCGAACAUAUAACUACAAGGAUAAUCGAGUCACUGACCACAGACUGAAGAUGAACUUUGAGCUCACAUCAUUUCUCUCUGGCGACAUAGAGUCUGCUGUUCAGUCUUGUGUGACUAUGGAGCAGAAGGAGAAGCUUGAAGAGCUUGCAGAAUCAGUCAGCAUGCCAACUGCGGCUUAACUAGGCAUCUGAAGAAAUGAGCAAAAGAGGCAAUUCAAUCAAUCAAGAGUUUUCACCAACGUUCCUCACAUUCCACGUAGUUGGCAAGUUUAAGGACAUACAUGCAUUUGAAUGCAUGUGCAUGCUUGAUUGCAGUCAGGAGCUUGCACGGAUUAGGUGGAAAUGGCUUUGGUGUCCAUCUGAUUUUUAGGGACUAAAAGGAAACAAAAGGCUUAUGAAUAUAAACGAAAUCAUCUUUUGGAGAAAAGCGUGGGAUGUAUGAAAUACCAGACUGGUGAAAUGCUGAAAUGGUGCUAUUCUAUUCUUUAACAUAUUCUGCUCUGUAAAAUCUUUAUACUUCCGCGACUGUAAUCAUCAGUUUUGUUAAUAUCUUCAUUUGGAGAUGCUCAGAUUUCAGUA